AGCUGAUGGUUUUGUUUAUUGCCGGCGUUUAUACUUCGUGAAUAAACUAAUUUUCUGUUUUCAAUCUUAUAUCUGCAUAUACAUAUGUAUGAAAUGGUUAAUGCAUAUUGAAGUUCGCUAGUUUUGAGACAAAUUACUGGAAGGUAAAAAAAUGUCACUAAACAAGGAUCCGAAAAAGGAUCCACAAUUGUUGUCGCUGAUAGAUGCAGUGCGAAGCAAUGAAUAUUUAUAUGAUUUUCGACAAGCCUUAUACAAAGAUGAAAAUUUAAAACGUAGAACAUGGGAAAUCGUGGCAUUCGAGUGCGAUUAUAAGGAUGGAGCGGAAGCUAAACAAGCUUGGAACGGUCUAUAUGCUUCUUUUAUGAAGUUCUAUCGCAAUGAAGUAUUACGAUUUGUACGUACCCAUUAUGAAGAGAAUGAGAUUUCACUACCACAGGAGCAAACUACUGAUGCAGCCAGCAAAUGGAAUUACUACAGCGACAUGCAUUUUAUUGCGCCAUUUAGAGAUAAAAAUAGCGACCCCGAAUUGGAAAGACUUAUUGAAUUGGCGAAACCAAUCGUUCUACGCAAAAGUGAAAGGAAAAUAUCAUCUAAAGAGAACUCAACGGCAAUAACAAUCGCGGCUGUCAGCUCAUCUGCUGGGACACAGACGCCUGCCGAAAAUGUGUUAAUGGAUAUUCCGGCAAUCAAUGAAGAAAAUAUGACUGAAAAAGAAAUGUGCUUGCGUAGUUUUUUUGAUGCUAUAUAUCGUGCAACGCUUUCUUUACCACUUGGGUUACAAAACAUGGUUAAACGAAACACGUUAGAAGCACUGAACAAGGCAGAAAUUUUAGCUGAUGCUGAAAUAGAUGGAGCACCGAUGGAAGAAGAGGAACUGGAAACAUAAACAUACGCUUCGUUAUAUUUAUACAAAACCAUUAGUGCAUAAUCUCUGCCAGCAUUUUCUAUAUUUUCUAUUGCGGAAGUUAUUAAUUGGAUACGACAUUUCUGUGAAAAUCAUCGCCGGUGAUAUCGCUAUUUUUUCGAAUUUUUAUUCGCUCUCGGGAAGAACUAUUCCACCAAGACGUCACGUCUUUAUGAUACGAAAGCUAUACAGCAAUUAGGAACUAUUUCGAUAGGAAUGACAGUAACUUAUGCGAUAAAGUGUAGAGUAUCAAAGAAGAUUCUUCAGUUGGUUAAAUUUUUGAUAAAACGCAAUAGGAAAUUCGGGAUACCUCUGAGUUUGCAACCACAGCCGCAGAGUCACUUAUGCCAUUUUCAUCCUGUUUCAGCUUAGAUUACUAGCUCUAACGCACCUAUGUACGGAUGUAUAUUUCAUGAAAUUCCAACUAAAUAUUUAAAAAAGCAGUUGCGAAAUUGUAUGGUAAAAAGUCAAUAACAUAAUAAAUCGAAUAACGCAUCUGUUUAAAAUUUGAACGUAA